AUGAGCAAGUCGAGGGCGCCUGCGCCCCCGCUGGAGGCGUUCGAGGAGGCCUGCGCGCGUUCGGCGGUGGACAAAAAGGCUGCGUUUUAUCGCGCAGAGGAAGUGACCGCGUGCUCUCCCUCGCCCGACAAGCUGUUCGAUGCCGCCGAGGUCGUCUCGGGCGCCCGCGGCGACCGGCGCGCGGGCAGGCCCCUCCCAGAUCGCAUCUCGAGGCUCGUGCUUUUCGCCGACCAGCGCGUGGACCUGCAUCGACGCGUGGCGCGUGGAUCGGAGGCGCACAUCGGGAGCGGUCAAUGCACCGUCGACCCCGACGCGCGAUCCGCACGGCGCCAGCAGUCCAAGCGCGGCCAGAAAGGCGACGAGGGCAGAAAGGGCAGCCAUGACAAGGAGAAGGGCGAGCAGACGGAGGAUCCCGCGGCCGAGCCCGCGAGAGAUCCCAAGAAAACCCGCCGCGGUGGUCUCGAUGGCAAGGUGACGCGGGGCCCGAAAAGCGCAGCCGCGCGCCAGAACGAGGACGCAGCGGCCGACGACGCGGGCUGGGGAGGGAUCGUCGUGAACAUCCCGAAAGAGUGCGCUCUGCGGGAAGUCGCGGCCUGGCCCGAGGUCGAGAAAAUGGGCAUCCCCGCGCCGUGGCCACAGGACCGCCCGGAGGGGCCCAUGCUCCGGGGCCCCAGGGCGCAGCGGCUGUGCCUGGACGCCUCGGGCCUCUCCCCGAGGGCCCGAGGAUGUCCACGCCGCAGGACGGUGCGGCCGUCCGACUUUGUCGAGGCGGUGCGCGUGUGCGCGGCGUGCCGCUGCGAGCCGCUGCUGCGCGACAAGGUCUCCUUCGACGCCCACCUCGCGGGCGCGGGGGCCGGCGUGUGCCUCGCCGCGGUCCCGUGCGCCGGGCCGGCCAGCCUCGAAGGGCUCGCGAUCUGCGGCUCCGACGGCGUGUUCGGGCACCUGCUGCAGCUGGCGGUGCCCCCGACGGCGCCUCCGGCCGUGCGGCGGGAGCUGGCGCGGAGGUGCGCGAGCGCCUCUCGCGCCCGCGGCCUGCGCGGCUUCCGCGCGGCGGCUGACGCCGGGAGCGCCGAGGGGGCCGUCUUCGAGCAGCUGGGGUGGCGCACGGCGCGGCAGGUCUACGAGGCCAACUUCUCCGGCGGCGCGGGCGGGGCGGACGCCGGCGCGCCCGCCGGCGCCUGCAGCGCGCCGGCGAGCUCGUCGCAGUCGCGGCCAGCGGCGGACGAGGUGGUCGUUGACAAAGAGAGCGACGACGGCGACGCCGCUGCGCUGAAUCGUGCGUCCUCCAAGGAGGAGUUCGGCGAGCACCGGUUGCUCGACGUCACCUCGAGGAUCUCGAAGUAUUCGUGGGACCAGAGCAACAGCCAGGUCAGCAUCUACAUCUCCUUCGACGGGGCCAAGGCCCUGCCGGACGAGUGCAUGGAGUGCCACUUCAGACCGCGCGGCGUGCUUCUCAUCAUUAGCAGCGGAGGCAAGCAGCACUGGUUCAAGAUCCCGAACCUCUGCCACGCCGUCGACACCGCGGCCUGCAGGCGGGCCGUGAAGACGGACACGAUUGUGCUGAAGCUCCGGAAGGCCGAGCAGGGGCUCCAGUGGAGCGACCUGACGGACGAGAAGGACCAGUACAAGCAGAGGCGUGCCUACAGGAUCGAGAAAGGCGACCUGAAAGACGCCUCGACGGAGCAGCUGAUCGCGGACAUGUACCAGAACGCCACCGACGAGGAGAGGGAGGGACUCCGUGAGGCGAUGCGGAUCAACCGCGAGAAGCGCGCGGAGGACGCCAGGAACGCCGCUGCGGCGUCCAACAGCAAGUCGUUCUGACGCUGGCUCGCCCCUGCAACGACACCACUCUCACGCCCGUCUCAAUUACUCAGCCUGCGGUGCGGCCCUCUCCAUCGAUGAUGCCCACGCCCAGCCGCGAGACUUGCAUUGUCCGGACAGGGCCCUGCAUCAGACAGGGGCAGGGAUGAGGGGAAGACGGUCGGGACGGGCAUGCCUCCGCUUUGCGUUCCAGAGGUGCUCUGCUCUUCGG